AUGGCGGCUUCAUCUUUGGUCGCCGCACUGGCCCUGCUGCUGGUGCUGGUCGCGGCCGUCGGCUACUCCGAGGCCUACGGCGAGCCCUCCUCGGCUCGCCCGUCCUACCAGGAGCGCACCUUUGCUUCCCUCAUCAACGCCGCCCGCGUCGGGCCGGCGGGGUACCGCACCAACUACAUGACGGGCCUCACGACCACGGGCAUCCUCACCACUGCGGCCAAGGCCCCGCUCUACUUCGACCCCCUGCUGUCCCAGACCGCCCGCGCCCAUUCCACUGAUCUCACGACGUGCCACAAGGUGCAGUUCAACAGCUGCAACGGCCUGGCCUGGAGCACGCGUGUGCGCAACACCUACACCUGCACCUCGGGGUCCAUCGGUGAGAACCUGCAGGCGGCUUACUCGAACAAUCCCCUGAGCGCGGUCAACGACGGGCUCUGUGGAUGGACCCAGAAGGCCGACGGCAGCUACUACUGCUGCCCCGAUGGCGGAAAGAACACGGCGGGCCAGGCCUGCGAUGGCUCGCGAAACAUGUACCUGUCGCUGAGCUACACCCGUCUGGGCGUGGGCCUCGGCACCGACUCGACCAACGGCCUCUCCUACUGGACGACCGACCUGGGAUCGUGCAAUACCGAGACCUACGCCAAUCGGAUCGCUUCGGGCUCCCACAUCCUCCAGACCGGCAGCAAGACGCGGUUCUUCGCGGCGUACUGGGAUGCCUCGGGCGCGCCCCAGUCGGCUCAGGUGGUCGUCAACGGCGCGGCCUCCAACCUGGCCCUCGACACCGGCGUCGCUGGCAAGGGCAACUACUUUGUGCAGCUGGCGACGGGCACGGGGUGCAGGUCGUACUACUUCCAGUUCACGUCGGCAAGCGGCGGCGUCUAUCGCUACCCCGAGACCGGCUACUUCAACACCUACGGCGAGGGUGCCUGCGUAACCGAUUGGACCUCCACUCCCGUUGCGGGAACGACUGCCACCGUGCCCGGCGUGCCGCGGAGUGUGGCGAUCAGCAGCAUCGCGACCACCUCGGCUGUGGUCUCCUGGACCGCUCCCGCCACCAACGGCGGUAGCGUCGUCACCGGCUAUAACAUCAGCAUCACUGGUCCUGGCCAGACGUUCUCGUAUUCAACCACCACGCUCUCCAUCUCGGCCGCCUCGCUCUUGGCCGGAACGACCUACACCGUGAAGGUGCUCGCCAAGAACGCCCAGGGCUCCGGCCCGUGGACUGCCGGCAAGACCUUCAUCACGCUGGCUACCGCGGCCAGCCCGAGCGCGUCGCCCACGCGCAGCCCCACGCGCAGCCCGAGCGCCAGUCCCUCGCGCACUCCGAGCGCCUCCCCCAGUAAGGGCGCCACGCGCUCGCCGACGCCCAGCCCAGCAGCGGCUGCAGUGCCGGCGUCGUACAACUUCCACAGCCAGAGCGGGUGCUUCGUGGGCAUCAUGGACCAGGGCCAGUGCGGCAGCUGCUACGCCUUCUCGACGGCGGCCGCCGCCUCCGACCGUCUGUGCCUGGCGCAGAACACCAAGCGCGUCCUCUCCCCGCAGGAGAUUCUCGAUUGCGGCAAGGGCAAGGCCUGGUUCGGCACCACCGGGUGCAAUGGAGGUGAUCCCUACCAGGCUGCGCUGUUGAUGAAGAACGGCUACCCGUCCAGCGACACGAUCGAACUCCAGGGCGGCUGUCGCCCGUACACCUGCUACAGCGGCUCCUGCUCCACCAAUCCCACCUGUUCCGCGACCUGCAAGGACGGUACGACGGCGACCAAGUACAAGGCCACCGGAGCGACGCGCAUCAGCGGCGUCGAUAACAUGCGCCUGGAGAUCUACAACAACGGCCCGAUCACGGCGGGCUACGACAUCUGCAACUCGUUCUACACCUUCUUCAACGACGCCAACAACGCCGGCAAGGUCUACUCCACGGCCUGCUCCAGCUCCUCCUCCGACUACAUGGGCGGCCACGCCGUCAGCAUCGUCGGUUGGGGCACGGACGCGAACGGGGUUGCGUAUUGGCUGAUCGCGAAUUCGUGGGACACGUGGUGGGCCGACGCGGGCUACUUCCGGAUCAAGCGGGGCGUCAACCUGUGCGGCAUCGAGAACUACGUCUCGGCGCCGGUCAUCGCGCGCACGGCCAAGCGGUUCGGCGGCGUCACGGUGGUCGACGAGCGCGACUUCUCGUCGUCGUCGUCCUUCAACACCGGCCAGGCCGUCACCGUCGACUCUUCCAACGAAUUCGUCCAACGCAGCUCGCAGCUGGUGCUGGACCAGUGGUUCCUGAACAACGGCGGCGCCAACAACAACGCCAGCGUCGACCCGAGCCAGUUGGCGGCCACCGGCAAGCGCGCCGAGGUGCCGCCACCGAGCCUGACCACCGGCUCCAGCUACUCGGUGUCGGGCGUCAACUCGGCCACGGUCCAGGUCACGGCCGGCCAGAACGUGUUCGUCGACAUUGUCGCCACCGACGGCGUCAACACGGUCAACCUGGUGUCGACAGUUAGCUUCGGCGCGGGCGGCGAGGCCAGUUCGGUGGCGGUCGUCACCGUCGCGGGCGGAGGCGCCGGCGGGCUGGGCGCGGGCGCGAUCGCGGGCAUCGUCGUGGGCAGCGUGGUCGGUGCGGUCCUGCUGGCCGCACUCACCACGGCCGUCGUGGCGGGUGUCGUGGCCGUGCGACGCAUGAAGUCGCGCGACACCAUCCAAGAGCACGCCGACGAGAUGGAGGAAGUGGCGCCAGCUGCGGUCUCUGUGGAGCCGCAGGCUGAGGAGGUGGUGGACAAGAAGGCGAACAGGACGACGUGGUUCGUCAGACGCCUCAUGUUCCAGUCCAUCACCGCCCGCUCGCCGCCGAUCAAACUGGACGAGGACAACUAA